AUGCAGCAACAACAACAACAGCCGCCACCACUACAAGGACAGCAGUCAGACCCCUUGAUGGGAUGGUUUCAGCACGUUGACACGGACCGAAGUGGUCACAUCGACCAGGACGAGUUGCAGAAGGCACUUACAGAGUCCGGUAUUACAGGCAGCUGGCAUCCAUUCUCCGUAGAGACUUGCAG